AUGCGUGCAGUUCUUAUCAGGGAGGAGAAGGGUCCUUUGGAGAAUCUCUACCUAGGAGAAACCACAAGGCCUUCUCCCAAACAAGGAGAAGUACUUGUGAAGAUCAAGGCAUUUGGUGUCAACCGUAUGGAUAUCCUGCAGCGAGAGGGCAAGUAUGCGCUUCCCGCAGAUGCCUCAAAGAUUCUCGGUGUGGAAUUCUCAGGACACGUGGUUGAAGUCGGCCGCGACGUGGCCGAAUGGAAGGAGGGUGACGAAGUGUUCGGUCUUACCAGCGGUGGUGCUUAUGCAGAGUACAUCGUUGUUCUUCCGGCCAACCUGUUGAGGAAGUCCCCCAGUCUGACGUGGGAGGAAGCUGCUAGUAUUCCGGAGAACUUCCUCACAGCUUUCCAGGCCCUCGUUGUGAUAGCCGAAGUGAGAAGGGGCGAUGAUGUACUUAUUCACGCCGGAGCCUCCGGUGUCGGAGUGGCUGCUAUCCAGCUUGCGCGUCUGUACGGCGCUAACACAGUUACGGCGACCGCCUCGACCAAAGAGAAGCUCGAUUGGCUCAUUUCCAUGCCAAAUGGUGCGACACAUUCCAUCAAUUACAAGUCGCGAGAUUUUGCCGCAGCGGUCAAAAAGAUCACCAACGGCAAAGGAGUUGAUGUGAUCAUAGAUGCUGUUGGUCAAAGCCAUUGGCACAAAAAUAUCGAUGCUCUUGCUGUGGAUGGCAGAAUGACACUGUUGGGCUUGUUGAGCGGUGGUGAAGUGCCCUCCUUCAACCUUGCACCAAUCUUGUUCAAGCGGCUGAAGAUUGAAGGUUCCACACUGCGAUCUCGAAGCCCGGACUAUCAGGCCAAGCUCAUUUCACGGUUCAAAGAUGAAGUGUUGGGUUUCCUCACGGGCAGUGCUGGUGAGGGCGCAUUGCGGACGUACAUUCACAAGGUUUAUCCCUGGACGGAGAUUCAGGCAGCUCACCGUGAGAUGGAGGCCAACAAGAACAGCGGGAAGAUCAUUGCUGAGGUGGUAUAA